CAAGUUAGAUGUUUGCUCUUCGAGGGAUCCGCCGCUUCUCGACGGGAGCACCGCGCAAGGAGUAUCCCACAUCCUUCAUUUCGCACUUGCGUACUCAAAAGCUAAACGUGUUCAACAUCGGCAUUGCGUUCCUGACACUGUCGCUGUCAUCGCAGAUGGUGUCGUACAAGCAGCGCUACGAGACAGCACUGGGGGAGAAGGAACAGCUCAGCGAGAAGGUGGAGGUGCUGGAGAAACUCGUGCUGGAUCUAGGCGGCAAGCUGCCGGACGAGGAGGCGCUGGUCAAGGCUAAGGAGGCCGCCAAAGAGGCUGAGGCCAAGGCGCAACGCGACCGCGAGGAGGAAGCCAAGGCACUUGCGUCUUUGACGGCGGACGACAAGAAAAGCAAGAAGAGUAAGCUUGUUUAGGCCAGAGACGGUGAGACAGCAUACAUAGAGGAUAGUCGAUACGCAGCGCCGUAACCAGCCAGAGUGUGGACGGACGCUGAGAAUCGAGCAACACGCUUAAGCUCGAGUAAUUGUUGGUGCGAAGUGUCAGUUUGUACACUGAUCUCGUUCCUUGUAUUACUUCUUGAUGGUCGACUGCAGCGAGCGUCUGGACGA